AAAUGGCGGCCACUUAGUCAACUUUCUGCCGAACGCGAGCAAUUGCGUCGCGACUUCCCGCAGCCGCAUCGUGCACAGUCCGCUCUUUUUCCCUCCCAGCUGGAUGAUGACGAAACGUGAAGGACGUCGUAUUUGACCGCAGGGAGGACGGAAUAUGGGCCUAAAGGCAGCCGUUCAGGCUCUCAAGAAAGCGGAACCGUUAAAGGACAAGGUCCAGCGCUGCAAGGACCUGCUCAACGACAACGAUGCCUGGGUAUGCCAGCAGCAGCUGCAGAAGAUAUACCAGCAGGUCCUCAUACUGGAUCUGGAGUACGCCCUGGACAAGAAGGUCGAGCAGGAGCUGUGGAGUCUUGGAUUUAAGAAUUAUAUAGUGACUCUGCAGUCGCAGGCCAAGGACAGGAAAAACCCCAAGCGCGGCGAGUCCCAGGCGCUGCUCAGCUGGUGCCUGGAGGCGGCCAGCGGCUUCUACUUGACCUUGCUGCAGGAGAUCUGCACCGUGUUUGAUUUGGAUCUGCCGUUCAGGAGGAAGGGUUACGUGUACGGAUGUACGUCCCCGUGGAAGGCCGUUGAGAAGUUGUCUCCGCCUCACAAAUCUUCUUGUUUUUACGCCUGCCAGUAUUGCCUUGUACACUUGGGCGAUAUCGCACGGUACAGAAAUGAGAGCAAGCAAGCCGAGAUGUUCUACAGACACGCUGUCUCGCUAUCACCGUCCAGCGGACAGCCGUACAAUCAGUUGGCGCUCCUAGAAGCUUCCCGUGGUGAUAAACUGGGCACUGUGUUUCACUACGCGCGCUCGGUGGCCGUGAAACACCCCUUCCCCGUCGCCACGGCGAAUCUCGCCACGACUCUGUCCUCCGCGUUGAACGACAAAUCCUUCAACAUCGACGGCAAGACCAAAUUAAAUUCUCAGGAGUACAUCGCCGUCUUUCUCAAGCUGCAUGGAAUAAUCCACAUUCUUGGCGAUUUGAAGCUAGCGUGCUCGUACAGCAAGCAAUUGACGGAAACGCUGACCGCGUUGGUAGCCACUGAGAGCUUCAGCUCGUGGAUGCUCGUACAGAUGUUGGUGAUCAAUCUAUACGCUCUGCAACACACAGCCGGGAUCAGCGCCGACAGUAUGGAGCUGUUCAAGAACGAGCGAAUAGUCAACGAUAAAAAACUCGCCCGUGACUGUAUACUGGACCUAAUCGCAGGCACUUUGUCUGCCUUGCUUCUACCUGUCUACACGAUAAAGAACUCCAUCAUCGAGUACUUUGCGUUGCCUUCUAUAAAACUGUGCCUUGAUUGGAUCAACAUAAAACCUACGGUUUUGGAAGAAGUUGCUUUUACAUCGAGAUUACAGAUUUGGCCCAGUCUUUGCGUGCUUUUGAAUGCCUUGCAGAAUUGUGUGGUGGAUUUUAAAUAUGACGAAUAUGUUGCAGCACCACUGCCAGAAGACCGCGACCUCCAAGGUUUUCUACCGUUAGAGAAGAGUUUCGAGAAUCUCAGAUUCACGAAUACGGCGCUGGAAGGUGAUGUCGCGACAUUAAACAAGCUACGAGCGGUACGCAUCCUGCAUCUGGGCCAUUGCUUCGCUCAGUAUCAAAUCAAUGGAUCGACGCCAAUCUCAAUUACGACGGAGGAGAAAACGGGCGAUAACAAAUUCACGUCUCUGAGCAACGACGCUGGGCUCAGUAACGAAUUGAUAAAAGAACUCGAGGAGCUCAGCUUGAGCAAGGAUAAGCAACUCGAUACUUCGAUGAGUCCAGUACUGUCCGAAGCAGCUAGUAGCAAAAGCUCUGUGGAAACCGACAUUGAGUUUCCCGCAGAUAAGAGAAUUUUCCAGGGUAUUCUUAAGCCGCAAGGCUCCUUAGAGCGAAACCGAGACACCUUAGUGAAUGUCGCAGAAACGAGCAGUGGCGAGGCGAGUACUCUUCCAUGUGCGAGGAAACCACGACAGAAUAUAGCAAUGCAGGCGAUCAUGCGCCGUGCGGAGAACGAGCAAAAGCAGGUGACGUUCAAGAACGUGUCACCCGUGCUCGUCGAAGAGGAAAAUGAAAGAAAGGCGAAAGCGGCGAUCGUUCCAUCGAUCACCUCUGUCGCAAAUAAACCGACGCCAAUUUCGGAGAUGCCCAAAGCUAACGAAGCUGCCAAUACAAACAACGUCCUCGUUAACGUUCAGAAUCGGCUGUCGGCGAUGCCGCUCGCUCCGUCCGCCGGUCAGAGCCAAUCCGCGACGAUUCAGAGCCAGCAGAGACCGGCUAAAUUGCCGCCCAGCAUUCCCAUGCCCGGCCAAGUGAAUCAAUUGGCGGCCAAGGAGCAACAAACUCAGCAAAUGCUCCCGCAAAUGCACACUGGAAUGACAGCGCAGUGCGGUCAGCAGGCUUCGACAUUGGGACCGGUUUGCUAUCCGAAUCAAUCGUUCAACGUGCAGAGUCCGCAAUUCGCCAAGAACUUCAUAGCGAAUCGAUCACCGCUGGCAAACGCGCCGCGUUAUCAAAUGCAGGGGCAAUUGAAUAACAACAGCCAGCCGGCUGCAGCGAUGCCGCAGGGCAUUAAUGGAAUACAUCAUACGAUCAAUCAGAGCAGACCGUUGCAUCAGAGAGUGUCGCAGAGCGUGUCUCAUAGUCUGCAGCAGAACAUGCGACUGGGCUCACCCGCUCAGCAAAAUAUGAUACCGCAAAGCCUGAGUUUGCAAGCGAAUAAUAUGGAGCUGCAACCAGGGAUGGGCAUGGAGCAGCAGAACCUUUUGACCGUGCUACAACAACAGCAGAACAUAAUACAAAGCAAUGGCAGACAGUUAAGUGUCGACAGCUCGGCUCUGGCAACCAUGUCGGUGAUGAUGUCGGCGUUGUACGAAAAGGAUCAUCAGCAGCAGACUCGGACGACGCUGGCGAAUUCACAGAGCCCAACCAACACGUCGAAUUUCCAACUCAACUUCAAUCAUUUCGGCCAGAAUCAAUCUUUCGGACAACCGUUGUCGCAAAAUCAACCGUCGCCAUCGUUCUACAAAAAGAAUUCCGACGCGAUGGACUUUCCGUUCCCGAAUCAGGCCAACGUGGCUAAGAGUCAGCCGCAGCAACAGCAGCAGCAACCUGCAGCGAACAACUACAUGUUUUGCAAUUACGAGCCGACGGAGCAGUUUAACUUGUGGAAGGACAACCGGCCGCCACAACCGCCGAUUACCUGGUGGGGUAACACAGCCAGUAAUACAACGAUGCACGUGAAGGAUUCGAUCACCAGCGACAACACGUUCUCGAAUUGGAGCGAUUCGUCCACUCUCGUAAAUACGGCGAGUAGAGUGCCGUUGACACCGGGCAAAAGUUAUCAGCCGCAACAACAAAACGAACAGCACGGCAGGCAGCCUCUGGCGGGAAGUAACUUUGAGGAUUCCAGGUUGUUCGAGCUCGAACAGAAGCCGUCCCAGGCAGUGAGCACCGGCAACACUUACUCCUUGUUCAGUGGCAACACGUGGAGUACCGUUAGCACAUCCAUCAAUUCGAGCUCGACCAAUCAAGAUCAGAUGAAAGCGCGGCUCCAUCAGCAGUCUCUGUGGUCCGGGCCGGGUCCUUCCCCGUUAGAGCGGCUUCUGGAGCAGCAGAAGUCGCUACGCGAGGGAGGUACCACUUGAAGGGAUGCGCGGAGGAUCCGCUGAGGAGGCCAAGCAGAGUGUAAUUUCGCGUUCAGCGUAUGCCGAUUUAAGUAACCACAAGCGUGCGCGGUGGCGAAUAAUUACCUAACUAUUCGACAAGAGAUGUGCGAAAUUGUCAAAAGACACGUAGGGAAGAGCAGAUAACCGAGGUUGACCGAGGCGCGGCGUCUUCCUCGAGGCAUUAUGAUAUGCACAGGGAUAAUAGAAUAUUCGUUAUUUUUCAAUUGCACACGUGAGACUCGGGAGACUCGGAAUAUACAUUUUCGGGGUGGAUUUCUUGCAAAUUAAACGGAGCAAAGAGCGAGAGACAAGUAUCUGCCGAUUCACAACUGCAAUUUAAUUCAUAUGUGGGAAUAAAUAGAAAAGCAACAAGAAAAAAAAAGGUAUUAGAGGUGCGAGAUGCGGUAGCCCUUAGCGAAACGUUAAAUUAGUACGCAGGAAAUAAAGGAAAAUGUAGACACUAAUUACGAGUGACGCGCGUAUGACUCUGUAUCGUUGGCGUAUUUAGAAGGCGCACAAUAAAAACACGUCUCAUUUAUCGAAAGUUUAUCCAGGAUGUCAAAACGCGGCGCGCGUCGUCCCGUCUCGACUACGUCCCGGAUGCCGUGACUUGAAAAUCAGAAGGGACAAAACGACAAUUGCGAUUGAACACGCUCGUUUUUAACGUAAUAACUUUAUUUCGUAUAUAGAAGUAUCACACGUUAGUAACUUUUCUGUCCAUAAUAUUAUAUGUAAAGUUAUAUCACAUGCGUUGUGAAUGCAAUACGUACACAUCACGAAAUUUUCCUUCGUUUCGUCGCGAUAAAAAGUUCUUGAAAUUCACACGUCAAAACUUCUGAAAUUAAUUUUACCGAAAGAAUAUAUAGGAAGCGUUCCAGGCAAAAAA